CUUGCGUCCAGGACACGAAUGGGCGAUCCCUGCAGUCUUCCUAAUGCUGCCAAGCCUAACAACUCCCCCUGCAAGGCAGCUCGCCGUUAAGGUGCUUUACUAGUUACACAGUGACGGCCAUGCCUACCUGACCGCCGGCUUCAACCACUCCGCUUCAGACAAACUGGCGACACGGACGUAAAUUAAUCCAGUCACAUGUAACCUACGUUGAUGUGUUCUCCCAGCUGGUCGCAACACGAAGGCCACUCAUGAGACUUGACAUGCUGCCUCGUCAACGUAUGGGGAGGAACUCCUCUGAUAUCAGUUUCGGAGAGCUGACAGAUGAUUCUCCUUAUUUAUUUGAAUCCUCUCUGCAAAUUCCUGACAGGAGCAUCAUCUCGGAGCAAGACUUCUCAUGUCACUGUUGCUAUGACAUCUUGUUGAACCCCACCACGUUAAACUGCGGCCAUAACUUCUGCCGCCAUUGUCUGGCUCUAUGGUGGGACUCCUCACACAAGAACGACUGCCCAGAGUGUCGAGAGAAAUGGGAGGGUUUUCCAAAAGUCAACAUACUACUAAGGGAUGCAGUAGACAAGUUGUUCAGGGAAGAAAUACAAAGGAGGAGAGCCGAGAUCCAGGCUAACCCCACUAUCUCCCGUAGCUUGCUUGCAUUCCAAAGGUAUGGUGACUCUAUAGGAAGAUCCAGAACCAGCCAGCACAGAGGAGCAGGCUUCUUCUUUUCUGGAAUACUCACUGCACUCGCAUGUGUGUCUGUAAUGCUGUUGGUGUAUCACUGGAGCAGUAGUGAGGGGGGACAGCAUGACCUCCUGAGUAGUAAGCCUGUGUCUCGGUGGACCCCAGACGAGGUGGUGUCCUGGCUGGAGCACUUGGGGCCCUGGACCCACCUAUACAGAGAGCCCUUCCAGCAUGAAAAUGUCAAUGGGCGGUUGCUCUUGAUGCUGGGGGAUGAUGAGUUGUCCAGGCCUCCCUACAGCAUGGAGAAUCGGGUCCACAGAAGGACUAUUCUGGCCGAGCUAGACCAAGUUAAAGCCCUAGGGGUGAAACCACCCCAGAACCUCUGGGAGUACAAAGCUGUCAAUGCAGGGAAAUCUCUGUUCUUGAUCUAUGCACUCAAGAUCUCCCCUCGCCUCACGCUCUUCUACUUGUACCUGUUUGACUAUCCGGAAACUUUCCUGCCCUUCCUGCACACCUGCUGCCCGGCUGUCACAGACACUGAUCAAUUGGAACCAAACUGGCAGCAAUGGGCAGAGUUUCUGGUGAAGUAUUUCCUACUUCCAUACCAACUGAUUGCAGAGUUUGCUUGGAAUUGGCUGACGGCCCACGACUGGACAUCUCACCUCAUCAUUGUUAAUGCUGUGCUGCUGUCUGUACUGGAAGGCUGUAACCUGUGGGGACUCUGGACAAGAGCUAGGAUCAGGUCCCUGCCAAGCAGGAUGUGGAGCCACAUGUGGAGGAUAUUAUCUGAGGGCUUAGCAUUUGCCCUCCUGUGGCCAUUUUUACCUCAGUUUGUGUGCAACUGUAUGUUCUACUGGGCUUUGUACUUCCACCCCAUUAUUACUAUAUACCUGAUAGUGCAGCAACUGAUGCACCCAGAAACACAGGCACUCUGAAGGGAUGGAAAUACCGUGUCCUGACUGAUAACAUACUUUUGCCAUUACACGUGUAUCAAAUAAACAUUCAGAAAUGGAGUUUCUGCAGAGGACCUGUAUUUACUUUCAAAAGUGUACUAAAUGGUGUGCCCUUCUACAAGACUGGCUCAUCUACUGCUUAUAAAAAGUUCUGCAUAUAUCUUGGAGUUCAAAUAUCGUUUUUCCACUGGAUGGUGACAACGCUGAACAACAGAGACUGAAACAAAAGCAAAAAAUGAGGAAGUUUAAUUGUUUUAGACGGUAUUAACACAUCACUGUCUUAAUCAUUGUAAUCCCUGUGUAUAAGGCACCCAAAACCACGUACUCUAUAUGUCGUUUGAUGUGGUCUCUCUGAAAGUAAUUCAUAUUGCAGAACUUGUCUCACUUAAAGUGGGCUAGAUAAGUCAGUUGUGUUUCCUGGAAACAGACCUAUGUGGUAUUGAGAUUAUAUUUUUCAUGUGGUCAAAGUAUUUUUUUCUUUAAUUGCAGCAUUGAUUGUACACUCAUCUUAUUUGUAUUUUUAAUGUUUAUGGAGACAAUUGGAAAUAUGUGAAAGUGAUAAACGGGAAUGCUCUAUUUGAUCCAACAGCUUGAUCCACGGUCAUUGGGACAGUCGGGUAUUAAGUACCUUUUUUUUUGCUUUUUUUUAAAUGCAUAAACAAGCAGCAGAAUUGCUAGAUUUAACAAGCAGGGAUGCAGAUCUUCUCUCGCAACAGUAUUAAAUAACGUAUAAAUGCUUAAUCCCCGAUCAGUUCAACAAUCCAGCUGCAGUUUUCCAAGAUGCAUCUUCAAUGAUCAUAUACACGUUUCUCAUUGGAUUAGAAUGAAUCGGUGUGUAUAAAUAUACAAAUGUAUUGUACGUGCAAAAGACUACACAUAUUGUUUUUGAGGUUUAAGUUUGUUCUUGAGUUGUUACUCUGAUGGAAUGUAAUCUUGGUGCAACCGAGCUUUGUGUAAACCUGCCCUGCAAGGUUUGGUGAUGGUAUUGUGAAUAAUGUCAUGGGUUUUCAGUGUUGUGUCCUGCUGUGAGCCAAAGGCCUUACAGUUGAUUUAAAGGAAAGCAAAAAUGUUCAGUCUGUGAGACCAGUGUGAAAUAUUAAAAUGCAUUAUUAGUUGUUCCUUUUAUGAAAUCUGGCACUUGAAUUUGGAAAAAAAAAGUUAUUCAAAUGGUUUUAGGGAUGUUGGACAUGCUGACUAAUUUAAAUAUCUUUACCAAUUUUUAUAAUAAAUAAGUUUGCAUCAGUUUAUGUACUUGUCUUGCCAUGACCAACAUUGCAAUCUGCAUUUUUUUAACAUGCUUGUCAGAAUUUUGCUUGCAACAUUCACUUCAAUUUGGCAUAGUCAAGUCACCUUUUUUUAUUUUUACAUUACUUUGCACUUACAGUACUAUACUGUGAUUCUGUUCUGCGGAUGGGAUUUUUGGUGUUAAA